AAUGAAGGCAGUCGGCUCAUGACGCGAGGAGGGCCGCUCCAUAAAUACUAUCACGAGACUGCGAGUCGUCCUGCGCUUGCAUUGAGCCGACCUGAAGCCAGACAACAACAGAGAAACUAAAAAUGAUGAACGGAGAGAUAAACGGUUACCACUCACUUAUUGAGGAGGACUGCUUCUUGUUUACAUCGGAAUCAGUUGGAGAAGGACAUCCAGAUAAGAUAUGUGACCAAAUCAGUGAUGCUGUGCUGGACGCUCACCUGAAGCAAGACCCUGAAGCAAAAGUAGCUUGUGAAACUGUAGCAAAGACUGGAAUGAUCUUGCUGGCAGGAGAGGUGACGUCCCGUGCGAUUGUAGACUAUCAGAAGGUGGUCCGUGACACUAUUAAACACAUUGGAUAUGACGACUCAUCCAAGGGCUUUGAUUAUAAGACCUGUAAUGUCCUGGUGGCUCUGGAACAGCAGUCCCCAGACAUUGCCCAGGGCGUGCAUUUGGACCGCAGUGAAGAGAACAUUGGAGCGGGUGACCAGGGUAUAAUGUUCGGAUAUGCCACUGAUGAAACCGAGGAAUGCAUGCCACUCACUAUUGUACUUGCCCACAAGCUCAAUGCCAAGAUGGCUGAACUGUGCCGUAAUGGCACCCUGCCUUGGCUCCGCCCAGACUCCAAGACUCAGGUUACUGUGCAGUACAGACAGGAACGUGGUGCCAUGCUGCCAGUCCGUGUUCACACUGUUGUGGUAUCUGUACAGCACGAUGAAGACAUCUGUCUGGAUGAAAUGCGUGAUGCGCUUAAAGAUAAAGUAAUCAAAGCUGUGGUUCCCAGUAUGUAUCUGGAUGACGAUACCAUCUACCACUUACAGCCCAGUGGUCGCUUUGUCAUUGGAGGCCCUCAGGGUGAUGCUGGCCUGACUGGUCGUAAGAUUAUUGUCGAUACCUACGGAGGCUGGGGCGCCCACGGUGGAGGAGCGUUCUCUGGAAAGGACUACACUAAAGUGGACCGAUCGGCUGCAUAUGCUGCCCGCUGGGUGGCCAAGUCUCUAGUAAAGGCUAAACUGUGCAGGCGUGUUCUUGUGCAGGUUUCAUAUGCAAUUGGAGUGGCCCAUCCAAUUUCCAUUUCCAUCUUCCACUAUGGCACAUCCCAAAAGAGUGAACAGGAACUGCUUCAGGUUGUCAAGAAGAACUUUGAUCUUCGUCCAGGAGUCAUUGUGAGGGAGCUGGAGCUGAAGAAGCCCAUAUAUCAGAAGACGGCAGCCUAUGGUCACUUUGGCCGUGACUGUUUCCCCUGGGAAGUGCCCAGAAAGCUGCACUACUAAACCAUUUGUCAAGCUUUUCCUCUCCAGGCCUGUUGGCGUAUAUUACAGAGAUGCCCACAUGGCUUAUGGAGAGAAGUAUUAUUUUGGUAAACGAAAGUCCUGCUGGUUUAGCUGCCCAUCUUAUUUAUCAAGACACCCUCAUAUUUUUCAUUACCAUUUACAAAACUCUAUGUUAAAAAUGGGUAAUUAUGGUCCACUAGCAUUAGGGUAAAGCAAAUUUAUUGCUUAGAUUAACAUAUUUGUUUUAAAUGGAAGAAUUGUGAACUGGUUGGCCAGUAUUAACUAAGGCACCUGGUUUUACACAGUUAUAUCCAGCCUUUCAACACUGUUUUAAAGCAUUCCCUAUGACUUUUCACAGUUUUAAACAAUGUGCAUUAUUUAUUUGUGCUUUCACUUAUGCGUAUCUGGUGCAAUCUAUAACCUGGAGGUCAACUGUUGGGAAGAACAGUUACUCUGUAUGUUGAUGUAUACUUGAUUGACAAUUCAGUUUUCCUUUCCUAGUGUUCUGUGGUUCCAAAGUGUCCUACAGAAAAACUUUUGGGACCAGCCACAAGGGAAUGCUGCAGGACCUGGAUAUGCAGUGCCAUCUAUUUUGGCCAACACUAUUACAUUCAUAGAUGCUUUAUGUCUUUUUUGUUCAUUGUUUUUGUCUCUUUCUUCUUCCUUCUUUGAACAGAGAGAUUGCAAAUUUUGGCUGGUAUUGUACAGAGAAAGUAGCCUUGUUUACAUGCGCUCUCUCAAUCUCUCUACCUUCCUUGAUUUUAUUUUUUAUUUAUUUUUAAAAAUAAAAUGUUUUUCAGUAUGUAUUUGGGUGUCAUUAUGUCUUUUUUCUGUUACUCAUAUUAAAACGUAAUAGUCUAUUAUUUGAAAUAGGCUGUGGUAUCCCAGGAGAUCAGCAGUUCCAGAAAUACUCAAACUCAUUGCCUCGCACCAGCAAUCAUGCCACAGUCGAGAUAAAAAAAAAUCCCCCAUUCUGAUGGUUGAUGUGAACAUUGGCUGAAGCUUCUGACCUGUAUCUGCAUGAUUUUAUACAUCACACUGCUCCCACACAAUUGGCUGAUUAGAUAAACAGGUGAAUACAUAGGUGAACAGGUGUUCCUAACAAAGUGCUCAGUGAGAGUAUAUUGUAAGGCUGUAUUAUCAAAAAUAAUUUUCUUAGCAAAUUAUAGUUUAAAAUAAAUAGCAACAAGUGUAAUGUUAUAACAUUUUUCAAACUCAAAUGUGUUGCAUCAUACAACAGAGUGAGAUAACUGGCAGGUCUGGGAACUCCUUUUGAUUCAACAUUUUUCUGAAUUAAUUUUAAUUAUUUGUAUUUAUUUAUUUUUGCAUUGUGUGCUCUGAAUUCUCUAUGUUGGGUGUAAAAAUACCACUUGAAAGAUCUUCAUUAACAUUUAUCAAUGCAAAUGGUAAUUAUGAUUGACACAAAAUUACAUUAAUAAUAUUGAUUAUGAAAACAUUUCAUAUUAUUGACUCACAUUUGAUGUUAAUGUGAAGAACAUGCCAGAGCAAUGGUCAACUUUUU